ACAACCAGUCCUACUCAACAGUCGCAUCAUACGCAGCUAUACGACCUAUUGAAACAGCACAACAACGACAGCGGCAUACAUUAACAUUACGCACGAGAUACAAGAUACGUACCCGCAACACCUAAUUCGCACAUCGACAUACCAACAUACACAUACCCAUACCCAUACGCAUAUAGCGGCCGCAAUGGACGCCCCGCCCGCGCACCGCAAAAUCGAACUCCAGUCCCCCGCGGACAUGCUCUACCUUGUCGCCAACGCGCGGACGGCGGCUCGCGAGAAGCUCGAUCUGCAUUUCCCGCCCGCCGCGGCGCCGCCCACGGGCGAGCCGGAUGCGCUGAGAAGUAGGGUGGAGGAAUUAGUUGAUGGGUACAUCCUUCAGACUUUUGGCCUGGCAAAAAGCAACAUUAGCAUCAACGGCAUGGACGUGGACUCGUCGCCCGAACUCGCAGGCCUAUGGACAGGCAACGGAACGGGCAACGGCCCAGAAGGAAGAGAAAUUGAGGACGAGAAAAAAUCAGAAUACGAACCAUUCGACACCCGUCUUUCGUCUCGGUUACAAUCUCUCUCUGCCGCGCUCGAGCGCGAAACCCUCGCCCUCGCCGCCCUGCGUCGCGAAGCCCCUGCCCGCGCAGCAGCCGCAUAUCUCGACGCCGAGCGCAAAGCACAAGAAGAAGACGACCUCUACGAGGCUUGUCUGAACGAUGCUACAUCAGGCAGUCGCCAGUUAAAUAAGUCAAACGGGACGAAGACAAAUGCACGGAAUGGCCGGAGCAACACAGCCGCCGGAGACGGAGACGGUAACGGAGACGUGGAAAUGACCGGCACCGGCACCGGCCUUAGCACUGAUGAAAACGAACAUACACCUUCAUCUAAUGGCACGACAAUAUCAGACAUCAAACGUGCUCUCAAUAUAAAUAGUCGGAAACGCCCGAUUGACUUGUUCGACAUGUAUCUCGACAAUGAGAACAAUAAUAAUGGCGAGUCCCGAGCUCGGCGAAGACAUGUACGAGAAGGCGCAGAAGCGGAAGAACAUGAUCCCGAGCGGAUCGCGGCGCAGAAACAAGCGUGGGAUCGAGAAAGUAAUCUGCGCAUCCAGGAAAUGGCGCGCAUGUAUGAGCGUGCGCUCGGCACGUUGGUUGCGGAAAAGGGUAAAGUCACGGGCACAGUGGCGCGGUGUGAACGUGCCCGCCGAGCGGGGGAGUAUGUUGAUGGGAUGAAGUAG